AUGAGUUCACAUAACUUUCAAACCUUAUUUUUUAUUUCUCACGCAUUCAACAAUGGUUUUAGUGUUGAACUCAUCAAUCGUGAUUCUGAAAAAUCACCAUUCUUUCAACCUAACCAAAACAAAUAUCAAAAUAUUAUCAAUGCUGCACGUCGUUCAAUCAAUCGUGUUAAUCAUUUUUCAAAAAAUGUAGUAAAAGAUGCACCCCAAUCAACCAUACUCCCCGAUGGCGGUGAAUAUCUCAUGACCUAUUCAGUUGGUACUCCACCAUUUAAGCUAGUCGGUAUAGCUGAUACUGGUAGUGACAUUGCUUGGCUUCAAUGUGAGUCUUGUGAAACAUGUUUCAAUCAAACCACUCCCAAAUUUAACCCAGCAAGAUCAUCUACUUACAAUAACAUUCCUUGUUCGUCUGACCAAUGUCAAUCCGUGAGAGGUUCGACUUGCGACAACAAAAACAAUUGUGAAUAUACUAUUAGAUAUGGUGAUGGAUCACAUUCAGAAGGAGAUCUUAGUGUUGAUACUCUUACAUUUGAAUCCACCACCGGUGCUUCCGUUUCAUUUCCUAAAACCGUGAUAGGAUGUGGAACAGAUAACACUGUUUCAUUUAAAGGCCGAAGCUCCGGUGUAGUUGGCCUCGGCGGUGGACCAAUGUCUUUCAUAACACAACUAGGAUCCUCCAUUGGUGGUAAAUUCUCUUAUUGUUUACCAUCUUCAUCGCUCACAUCAAGCUCUUCAAAUGUUACGAGUAAACUCAAUUUUGGAGAUGCUGCAAUUGUUUCUGGUACCGGCGUUGUUUCAACUCCUAUUAUUACUAAAAACCCCAAGGUUUUCUACUUUCUGACAUUAGAAUCAUUUUCCAUUGGAUCCAAAAGAUUGGAAUUCACAUCAUCAUCAUCAACUAAUGUUGGUGGUGAGGGUAACAUCAUCAUUGAUUCCGGAACAACAUUGACGCUUCUACCAUCUGACAUUUAUUCUAAUUUGGUGUCAGAAGUCGCAGAAGUAGUGAAACUCGAGCGUGUUGAUGAUCCUAACAAUUUAUUUGACCUCUGCUACACUCUCACAUCAGAAGAACCUGAAUUUCCUCUAAUCACCGCGCACUUUGAAGGAGCGGAUGUUGUGUUACAUCCUAUUAGUACUUUUGUUCAAAUUUCUGAUGGCAUUGCUUGCUUUGCGUUUCGAUCUGCUCGAGAUUUUCCCAUCUUUGGAAACUUGGCUCAACAGAAUUUGUUGGUUGGUUAUGAUCUUGAAGCUAAGAAGGUGUCGUUUAAGCCUACUGAUUGUUCAAAAGAGUAA